GACUCCAUAGAUCAUGGCACAGGGCUUCAUUGGUAGAAAAUGAGGUGGCCACCAGCGCAUCCCUGGGAUCCUAGCUCAUUCCUGGCACUUGCAAGUGCCACUGCUGAUCCUCUGACAUGUCUGACUGCCUGGAGCGUGCUUCUGAUUCCCCCAUUCCAGGGGGAACGGGGCUGCCAGCCCAUUCCUCGCCCUGCAGCUUCCCUGGGCAGCCUGGGGUCGCUGGGUGGGUUUCCUGUCGGGGGCAGAACAGCCAGUGUGACACUGCGUCCCAGUCCCCAGCACCUUGCGUCCAAGCUGCAGCUCAUCACUGUGCAUGUGUAAUUAGAGCCGUAAGCAUUGUAUCUUGAAUUGCUCUGUUCGUUAGCAUCUGUCCUGCACUACUUUUUGCUAAUUACAUUAUGCUUAUGGUAAGCGUUCACUGCUAAUUGCUAGCAGCAAGAUUUGUUUAACUAAACACGUUGUUUAAGGAUACCUGUUUUGUAUCCUUCGAAGCUCUGUUUAGAGAUGCGCUGGUCUGCUCGCUCUCCUCCAUGCAGAUCUUGGGCAGGUUCUGUCGGUUCUCUGGACAGCAAGGAUCCAGCUGCUUUAUCCAACAUGGUUUUGAGGAACUUACCACCACAUUUGCACCAAUAAAAUAAUUAGAGGUCAUAUUUUGGGGGCUCAUAGCACGGCUUUGCCCGAGGAAGAUUGUCCCUGUUUGCUCCAACACAGGCCUGUUGUUGUGCUUAUUAUUCUGCCGGUAGGAAAGUCUUUGUGGGAUAAAUACAGUCGUCUGUUCUGUUAUGGAAUGUGCUGUGAAGUCGUGGGUACAGCCAGUGCUCGGGAGGUGGUGGAGGUUCCAGAAGUGUAUUUUCGUGGCCUUUCUCCGGGUCUCCUCAAAGAUCCUGGCUCAGAUGCUUGGGUGAAGGUUUUAAGUUCCUUGGACUGUAAAUAUUCUUUUGAGCCUCAAGCAAUUCCCUGCAGCAUAACCUGGAGGAGACACACGCCAAGCCCUCUGUCCACUCCAGAUGGCCCUGUGGUGAAGACCGAAGAGGAGAAAGAGGUGUUGGUGUUGGUAGAGCCAGAAGAUUUUCUUAAGCGCCUCUUUUCCCUGACCCAGAGUUUUGUCAAUGACCCGUCAGUGAGUCAGCCGGACCUGAACCAAGUGUUGCCUUUGGCCGGUCUGGAGGGCUCCUCCACCAAAGCCUACAGCCUGGCCGUCGUUGGGCUGGAUGCCUACAGGCGGUGUAACCAGGAUCAGGGCAGGCAGCAGGCACUGAGCCCCGGAAAGCAGAGUCCCAGCUCCCAGCCUGGCCCAGAGCUGGCUAUGACUCAGGAGGAGAUACUAGAGGCGCUGGUGGUGCUGCAGCUGUGGGGUAACAUCGAUGUGCUGUUCUUAGACACCUGGCAGGAAUUCGGCCAGCACGUCUCUGCCCUGACGAAGGCAAUAGCAAAACGCCCGUACAAGAGGCAGCUGGAGUCGCAGGAGCUGCCUUUCUGCACUGACGGGGCCUGGGCCAGAGGGGCGCGAGUGGAGAAGGACGGCACGGGACUCUGGCAGGUGUGGAAGAGACAAAUCCAGCAGUUUAACAGAGUCAGCCCUGCAACAGCAGCAGCCAUAGCAGAAGCAUACCCCUCCCCAAGCCUCCUGGUACAGGCCUACGAAGAAUGCAGCACAGAAGAUGAAAAACUACAUCUGCUGAGUGACAUCCCGGUGAAAUCGGACGUCGGCAGGAAAGACCGUCGCGUUGGGCCAGACUUAUCCCGCCGCAUCUACCUCUUCAUGGUAUCCACCGACCCCGACCUUGUCCUGGACCUGAGCACGUAGAGGGACUGCGGGCCGCGUCGCUCAUCCGCCUUGAUUUAUCCGCCAAGGCUCGGCAGUGGCCGGGCUGCUGCUGGCACGGCACCGCCGCUGGGAGCCCGGCCAGGGGAAGCAGCUGAUUCUGUUUCAGAACAGAGACCUGCACAUCAAUAAAUGUCUUGUUACAGAUGCUUUCUUCAGCCUCUUGGCUCUCCUUUCCUCUUUUAGCUGCCCCAGCUUUCUAUCCCCUGGCUGGAAAGCAGGCUGUCCCCUAAGAGAGCUGAGGAACGCUUGGAACAGGGGCUGGAUGCAAAAGUGUUAGCAAGCUGUCCUGGAGCAGCGCAGGAUCAGCUCCCCUGAGAGUGCCGUGGGGUGAGCCUGCCCCGCGCUGCCUUUCAGGGCAGUUGUUGAACCGGCCACGUAUCUUCUGUGGUGCCUCCUGACCUUUAAUGUCCUGCUCCCCGCUGGCUCUUUGGUGAGGCUGGACCUGGUGCUGUAGGUCCUGCUCGUGGCCUGCUCGGGCAGGCGGGUCCUGCUGGAAUCACUUCAGAAAACGUUUGCCAACUGUCAAAACCAGCUGGCCGGGGAGGAGCCCCGUCCUCGAGUAACGGGGAGCUCAUUCAGGGGAGGGCAGUUUGUUGGCUGAGCUCCCAGCAGAGGGAAAUGCCAGAUAAGCUCCAGAGAACUCCAUGCAAAAUGGUGGGUUAGGAGAGGAUUCUCUUUCCCCAGAGCAAAGGCUCAGGUUUUUUACUCAGAAACAGCGGGGGUCAGGGACCCCCCAGUGCCUGAGGUUUUGGUAUUGUUAACUAGGGCCUUCCAUGACGACACAGAAACCCCCCCGAACUGUGGCUCGCUGGCCCGAAGCAAGGCCAACUGGUGCCACAGGAGCAGGGGGCCACCCUCCGAACAAAGUUCCUCCUUGCCAGGGAUUCUUCUGCCUCCAUCUGCUGAUAUUUGAAUUAGUUCCUAGGGAGGAGCAAUCCAGCGAGGCUGGGGUUUUUUUCUGACUGCAGCGCCGACACGGAUUGACAGAGCCUGUCCUGCUGCAUUAAGGUUCUCGUGCAAAGCCUCUCACCAGAGACACGAGAGCCAUCUUUGCUUAAAGCUUGGUGGGGUGGGAAGGAAAGGCACCAGGGUUGUGGGGCUCAGCAGUUUUUGUGGUCAAAAGAGCUCUGCCGCAGCCUCGGCAGGUCGGUAACAGGAGCAGGGGGAACGGCAGCAGCUGGAGCUCUGCGUUCCCAGUGACCGUGCUGGGAGGAAACCCAGGGAAAGGAUAGGUAAAAGCCAUCUCUUUCAACCUUCUGCUUUCCAAUGCCCUUUGCACUUGGCUGAUCAUAGAAUAGAAUCAUGGAAUUAUUUAGGUUAGAAAAGCCCUUUAAGCUCCCCCAGCCCAACAGUUC